AUGCCGCCGGCGAGAGGCGGGAGGCGUGAUGAUUUGAAACCAGAUCCACAAACGAAUCCACCCAAUGAAGAAAUCGCAAGCCCGGAGGUUUGCAAUGUGGAGGACUGUGAAGCGAGCCCGCUCGGUGCCCUCGAGGAAGAUGAGCGGAAGCCAGCUUCCACUAAGAACCUACGGCGUCUUAGGAAGGCGAUCGCAAAAAGCGAUGCUGCAACCGCUAAGGAGCAUGGUGCAGACACCGAUGAUCAAGCAUGUUUCCAAGAGUUGGCUCCACGCAGAAGGUCCAAGCGCCUACGUUCCAAACAAACUGGAAAGAGCGAUUUGGGUGGCAAGGACAAUGAAGAUGAUGUAUUUGCAAACAGCUGGAGUACCCAGGAUGAAGCCAGGAAGUUUGCUCCAAAAAGGUCAAAGCGUCACAGAGAGAGACUUACAUCUGAUUAUUUCGAUGGUGAGGUGGGUCAAGACAAAGGCGCUCUGGGAAGUAGCUUGGACGAUACUGAUGACUACAGUUCAGUUCCCCGCCGAGCAUCGAAGCGCCUUCAGAACAGAUUGUGUACUAGAAACCUUUCAUAUGUUGAUGAUGAUAGUGACACCGAUGAUAGUUUCAGGAAGAAUAAUCCAUUAAGGAGAAUGUCAAAGCGGCUACAAGAGAAACGAAAAGCUGAUCAAGCUUCAGAGGAGAGUUGCACUGAAGCUUCUUCAUGCAGUUUGAUGGCUUCUUCUUCAUCAGGUUCAGAUGACAAAUUAUUGCGGAAUGCCAUAAAAUGUAGCAGACGUGAUUCCAGUCGACCUAAUUGUUUGAUCUGUAAGAUUGGAAUCACCUGCUCUUUUCUCAUCCAAUGCAAGAAUUCAAAUUGUUCUUGUACUUUCCACACCUUUUGUCUCGAUCCUCCUUUGCAAGAGAGUAUAGGCUCCUGGGAAUGUUCAUGGUGCAAAAUCCAUCUAGCACCAUCAGCCAACGUGGCAGAAGUGUUAAGUUCCAAAAAAAUUCAAAGACUUGUUGGACACAGACGAACUCUUAUGGAUUCAGAUUUUCAGUAUGAAUUUCUUGUGAAAUGGCAAUCGCUUUCUCAUUAUCAUGACUGCUGGGUUCCACUUGAAUGGCUUCAUGUAUUUGAUCGUUUACGAGUACAGAGCUAUCUAAUGAAGAACUGUUUGCCCCAGGAGAUUUAUUCAGAGGAUCAAAGGAAACUAGAGUGGUUUGAUGUAGAUCGAGCCAUAGCAUGUCGGAGGAAGUCCCAUUAUGAAGGUUUAUGUGAUAUCUUGGGUAUUUUCGAGGAUAAUCAAGACCUCGAUGAGUAUGAGUUCCUUGUAAAAUGGAAGGGUCUUGAUUACUGUGAAGCUACAUGGGAGCCAUAUUGUACUGAUGGUGUGCAACACGCUGUCCUCUUUAAAAGGCACUAAAAUGCCUCAAAAAGAGAGAGCAUAAGCCAAACACAUCCUGAUGAAUUGAAAAUAGAGGAGGUGCACCGUGGUGCUCUGUACGACUAUCAGCUUCAAGGUUUACAAUGGAUCUUAGAUAACUUUAAAAGUAGGAGAAGUGUUAUUCUAGCUGAUGAAAUGGGUCUUGGCAAAACUGUUCAAGUUGUUUGCUUUCUCUACCACAUUAUUAGGGGAGGUCUAACUGCAUCACCAGCAUUGAUCCUUGCUCCAAAGAGCAUCCUACUGCAGUGUGAAAAGGAAUUUGGCCACUGGGCUAGCGAUCUUAAUGUAAUUGUUUAUCAAGGUGACAAAGACUCUCGUAAGUAUAUCCAAGUCCAUGAAAUGUACUCUUCUGAAGGGAAACCUUUAUUUGAUGCUCUAGUCACAAGUUACGAGUUUGUCCAAAUUGACAAGGCCGUUCUACAGAAAUUCAAGUGGUCUUCGAUAGUCAUUGAUGAGGCUCACAGAAUGAAGAAGCUUGACUGCAACCUUGCAGCAUGCCUAAAACGAUAUUGCUCUGAAUUCCGGUUGCUCCUUACGGGGACUCCGUUACAAAAUAACAUUAUGGAACUAUUUUCUUUGCUUCAUUAUAUUGAUCCAGAUGAGUUCUCUGAUCCAAAAACUGAUGGGUUGUUCUCACCAAUUGAAUCUGAGAGGGAUUUGACAAUGGAUGAAAAAAUUGCUCGGAUUCAUGAUAUUUUAAAGCCUAGGAUGUUGCGGAGAAUGAAAUCUGAUGUUCUAACAGAUUCUAUGCCAAUAAAGAAGUGGGUUCAAGUUCCCUGUGCACUUACUGAUUCCCAGAGAGAACUUUACAUUAAUAUUUUAGAGAAGAAUUACACAAAGCUGAAUAGUGCUAUCCUGAAUGAUGCUAAAAUUGUGUUCCAGUAUCUAUUCCCAGGAUUUGAAGUUGGACAGCAAGCAAGCCAAGAUGUGUUUCACUCACUUGUUGCUUCAUCUGGGAAACUUCAACUUCUGCAUAAGUUGCUUCCAAGAUUGAAAGAAAGGGGAAAUCGUGUGCUGAUUUUCUCACAAAUGAUCAGGAUGCUUGACAUUCUUGAGGUUUUUCUUUGUUCCCUUGGGUACAAAUAUGCACGCAUUGGACAGACACCACUCUCUGCUAGGCAGGAGAGCAUAAAAGAAUACAACAACAAUGCUAGUGAAACAUUUAUUUUCUUGAUGUCAACUCGUGCUGGUGGCCUAGGAUUUGAUCUGCCUGGUGCCGAUAGGGUAAUAAUAUACGAUCCUGAUUUCAACCCAUUUAUGGACUUGCAAGCACAAUCUAGGGCUCAUCGAAUAGGGCAGACCCGACCGGUGGUCGUUUACCAGCUCAUUACAAAAUGUACUGUUGAGGAGAAGAUACUGCAGAAGUCAAAGCAGAAAUUGGCAAUUGAAAAUAUGUUGAUGAACUCUUCCCAGAAGCCCAGUGCUGAUGAGUUGCAGUCCAUUCUACUUUAUGGAGCAAAAACAAUUGUGGACAGGAAGAAGGUCAGCGCAACAUCGAUCCACUACGACGAUGAAGCCAUUGAGAAUCUCCUAAAGUUAGACCCUUCCUCUGGUGAGAAAUGCUCGUCGGACAAUAACGGUUAUCUUGGUAGCAUUGUGAGCUUUGCUCAUGGUGUCGAGGAUGAAGUACCUUCUUCCCCCAAGGUUGAUGAUCUGUGUGUUCUUAAGCCUGCUACUCCCAAGGUGGAUCUUGGCCGUGGGAAGAGAAAAAGGAAAGUUGUCAACUACGCUGACGAGGUGGAGAAUGAAGACAGUGACGAUAUGUAUGCCCCGGAGGGUUCGUCGACUUCGGAAUCCAGUAGCUCCGACGACGACGAAACUGACCGCGCUAUGCAGUUGCAAAUAGUGCCAGUACCUGACAGUUGAUGAAGAUUCAUAUUAUCGUCUGUUCCUGUUCCAUGACAGCAUCAAAGGUCAUCGUCGUAUCUUCCCGUGUCGCCCUUUUUUGAAGUGAUGGGUACGAAUCCUCCAAGGAAAUAGAAGGCAGCUUUUGUAUAGUACUCUAUUUAUCUGUUAAGCUAGUUAGGCGGUUGAUCUCGCUAUUAUGCGUUUUGAACUGUGCCAACCUUAUGUAAGUAACCUGAUGACGCAUGAUGGAAAUCCAUUAGAUGGCAUCCUGCCUGUGCUGGUGUUCUGGCUCGUUACUUUGUCGCUUUCAGAUAAAAUAUGUCCAUCUGCAAGAGU